GUGAUACUACCCAAUUUACGCAAAGUGUACAGCUAUCAACAUAAUCAAUCGAUGCUCAGGCAGAUAGGCAGCGAUCUUGUGUAGGUCCUGGAGCUGUUUUCGCGCUUGGGUGAUCUCCAUGCCCCGCCCCCGGCUGGCUGUCUGUCCUUCCUGGGUCCUCAUUGCCCUGAGACCCAAUCUCUCCUCUCUCGCCCUCUUCUUCCAGGCGACCCUGCACUUCGGUACAGGCACAGCAGCGCCCUUGUCUACCUCGGUGACCUUGAUGACGAGGUCGAAACGUGAGCUCGUGCUUGCCGCACCCAUGUUUCACUACGGCAACUCCAGUGGUGAUGUUCCCCUCUCCCUCUUCCCUUUCUAUCCGAGGGGCAGUCAGGAUGAGACCGGCACACUUCGGUCGUCGAUCGAUGCGAUGCGAUAAGAGAGGGCGCCGCAAGAUGGGCAAGGGCUUGUUAUGCAUUUGCGAAGGCGAACAGCCAGGGGAACGAGGGGAACAGGCGCGUGGGUGGUUGGCCGGCAGGAUGCUGCUUCGCGACUUGCAUUGCUGACUGCAGGAAGAGGCGCAGAGGUGGGGCUUGGCAGCAAAGCUGGCCAUCGUCUUGUUCGUCUUUGUUCGGUGACUUUGGCAGGGAUCGGCCUGCUUGGACCCAGAUGCUUGAUGAUCGUCCCGGGAACCUUGACGAUGCAGGAGCAGGCGUCGGCACCCUGCUGGCGUGAAGCUCUCAACCUUUUCGCUCUUGUUC